CAUUUGAUUCACCUGCCGGUCUCACUGCAGAUACAAAAUCGUCGCUCACCAAUCCAAGUACACAUCGUGCAUCGUCAGUUGUUCCAAAAACACCUCGUGCAUCAUCAGUUGUUCCAAAAACACCUCGUGCAUCAUCAGUUGUUCCAAAAACACCUCGAUUACCUACAGCUAGUAAGACUCAAUCUGAAUUAACAUCGCCAACUGAAUUAACAAAAGACGUAAUAUCAAGCG